UAGGCUAUCAAGUUAGAGAUAAUUAGGUAAAUGAUCUUAGCUAUUCGGCUUAGGAGGCCAUCAAACUGUUGUUUCAAUCAAACAUUUAUCAGCCAGAGGGCUAGUGCACCACUCUAGACUGCAGAAGAAGAAGAAGAAGAAGAAGAAGAAGAAGAAGAAGAAGAAGAAGAAGAAGAAGAAAAAAAAGAAAAAGAAAGGAGGAAGGAGGAAGUAGAAAGAAAUGGAAAGUUGUCAGGCUGGAUAUGGGAGGCAUUAGCUAACAGAUAACACACCCAUGACACAUUCACGAGUGUUUUCUGUCAGCCCAUACUUUAAAAUGUGGCAGUUUGGUAUCUGUCAGCAGUGACGUAUGUGGCGAACCGGUAACACCGGAACCGCUGUCACUGUUUUCAUUGCUGUUUGUGCUUAUUACGCGAAACUUUACUACGAGCCGAGGGAAGCAGAAAACAGGUCCGUCUUCCUCCCACUUUCUACGUUACUUUAUGCUGUUCACAAGGUUCAUUAUUAGAAGAAUGUCUUCCACUCUUUCCCGUCACGUCAUCUGGGAGUCCGAGGGGCUGGUGGCGUACCUUCACCCGCGGCCCUGGACCCCUGGCUCUGUUAUCCUGGAGAGCAGCACCGCUGGCAGCCCAGGAGGAAGCAUCUUCCACCUGCAGGAGCCGGAGUAUUUAUCCUGGCUGCUGGGGGCGAGAGCUGUCGCUGAGCUGCUGUGUGACAGGUUGGGGGUUCGGAGGUGUGCGCUGGUCAGCAGACCCCACAAAGACAAACCUGCCCAGAUCAGUGUCCUCCCCCUUCAUGGUCUGGAUGCAGAGUGGCGUCCUCACCUGGCAGGAGAGGAGGAGCACAACGCCCACGACCCAGGGUACUGCACCUCCAAGACUGCCCCCCGAUGGAGCGACUCUAGCCUAACUGACACCCAAACCAAGAUUCGAGCCAAACUCCCGUUACCUGACGCCCCUCCCAAUCUGACCUUCCUCGGGGACGAUCCGACUCACCCUGGCUUGUUCUCGCGCAUAGUUCGAGGGGAAGAGCAGCAGUGGCGGGUGUGGGAGGACGAGGGUCAUGUGGCCUUUCUCACGCCUUUCCCCAACUCCCCUGGCUUUACUGUGCUGGUCCCUCGCCGACCUUUGACCUCUGAUAUAUUCAGACUAGAAAAAGCGGACUACGAAGGACUGGUGCUGGCAACCAGGAAGGUGUCGCAGCUUCUUGAGGAGGGGUUGGGUGCCUGCGGGGUGGGGCUUAUUUUUGAGGGUUUUGAGAUUGAUUAUGCUCAUGCCAAGCUGAUACCACUAUUUCAACCUUCAUCAUCUGGGGCAGGAGAUGAUGUCGCUAAACCCAGAUCACCCCAGUUUUACCCCACUUACCCUGGAUAUGUGACCUCAGAAGACGGACCUGAGGCCAGCCUGGAAAGUCUGAAGGAGAUUCUCACCAAAAUCACUCGGAUUUAAAACUAAUAACCAAAGUUUGAUUCCUACUUGUGUGCCUGUGUGAAUCAUGAAAGGAAUUCCUCUGUGCUUAAGUUGAGCGAGAAUAACAAAAACACAACUUAAAAUGUGGCGGUCAUUUUACGACGGGAUCACGCGACGCAGUCAUUGCUACAUUAUUGACGAGCGUCACAGCUGGUGUAAUCAAUCACAAGAUGGUCUGUAGUUUUACCUCAUGUCUUAGAGUGGACGGGAAUGAUUUAAACUGGGAUACAGUGAUCCGUGACUUAAAUGAAUGUGAGCCAGGAGCGUAAACUGGAUGGCAAAUGGGUUGUUCCCUAAUUCCAACCUCUCUAUUUCCAACCCCCCUUGCUCGGACCACACCCGUCUACGGACUUGUCCUUCAUUUUGAUUCCAACUACGCACCUGUAAAUUUUCAUGACUGUAUCUUUCACGGUUGAAACGCUAUAUCAGUAACAUCUGUCCACAGAUGGACAGAUAAACACCUGCCAAAGGACUCAAAACCACCUCUGUGGUAGUUCCUACUGCAGUAGGUGUAUCCAGCAUUUUUGUUGCCAAUACUGGCUGUACUGGAUAACCUGUUUUUUUAAGUGGACGUCUUAUAAGUCGUGUCUUCAGACAGUCACCGAGCACAGUGAUGCUGCUUGGCAGUGUAUAAUCAGCCGAGUAAAACGAUGCCAAGUGAAGUGAUUUGUUGCCAGUCGAGUGGAACAUCACAUUAAGAAAUCAAGCGUCUGAUUAAAGAAUUAAAUCAAAGCGGAGGCUGCAAAACCAGCAGUGUGCUUCUAUCAGUUGUGCAGGAAACUGAAUACGAUCUCAGUCGUAAAAAGCUGCAUGUGAUAAACUGAUUGAACCAAAAUGUAAAAGUGAAGUACAGCUGAUGGUUUGUACAAAUGAGAAACUCUGUCCAAAAUAAUACAAGAUGCCAUAUCAUCAAAAAUAAGUCCUGUCAGCUCAUACAUAUUUUGAAAUGUAAUUUAUAUGAUAUGAGACUCAUUAGUAUGUGUAUUUUUAAAUAGUAAGCCUUUUUUAUUUUAAGUAUCUGUGUAAAAUUUACUUUCUGAAAUCAAAAUAUGAAAUGCAAAGACAACUCUGCACCUAAGAUUCUGUCACACAUGUACUGUGAGAUGAACACUUGUACAAUUGUACUAUGUAUAAUGAAGUUUUUUGUUAAAAUAAAGACUUUUUUAUAUCA